AUGAACAGUGCCUUGUUUUCUUCUACCCCCGACUCUAAUCAGUCAACGACACCAGAGAGCCAUACGAAUGAUGUGACGCCGCCGUUUCACUUGACGAAGAACAUCUGCUCCCCCCGAAAGCAUCCAGCAGGCGUGAACUUUCAGAAUCGGUUGAUAAAGCCCAACGAGGAUCUCCAAAGCUAUUUAGACUUCCAGCUGUUGACACCGAAGUUAAAUCGCAUCCACCAUAUGUUAUGGCUCGCUGGUCUCCCGCGUGCAGCGCGCCCACUCCAUCGCCAGAAACUGAUGAAGCGUACGGUGAUACUCACGGAGUCGCCCGAUGAGCAUCUAGUUUGGAGCCCCGGGCGAAUCCUCAUCAAGCCAGUGCCAGAGUAUCUCCUCGAUCACAAGUUCUGGGUGCGAAACAUCUGCCCCAAUCGCGAGUUGUACGCCGCCGCGUGCGGGCUGCUUUUAUCAUAUGCAUGGCUCAUCGCCGGGCUGAUCGAUUUCCGAAUCGCCAAGAACGAGCACAUUCUUCCCAACGACGUCAAGUGGAAGACCUGGACGAAGCUUGUCCAGGAGGUUCUCGAAUGGAAGGACAAGAACUAUGAUAAUGAUAACAGCAGGAAUAGUCCCCUACCCGCACUGAGUGAUCCUUCGGUCCAGCCCCAGCCUGCAAUUAUCAACAAGCGUUACGAGUUUGGCGAGCUGCGUCUUAGUCGCCUGAAUUAUAUAUACCGACUCACACCCUCGAUAUUUUCCAUCCGUAACCUUGUUCUCGGGUUCAUGCCGGGCUCGACAUGGUACCAAGAGUUUUUUGAGCGCCAUUUUUCGUGGAUCCUGGCAGUACUCGUCUAUCUGUCGGUCUUGUUAUCGGCCAUGCAGGUGGGACUGGCAACCGAUACACUGCAAGGAAAUCGGCGGUUUCAGAAAAGUUGCACUGUCUUCGCCUUGGCGUCUAUCUUCUUCACGGUGAGUCUGCUGUGGAUUAUGCUGAUGAUGUGGGCGGUGUUGUUUUGUUAUCAUUUUGGAUUCACGGUGUUGUAUCAUAGGCGGAUACAAAGGGAGGGAAGAGAGUAUAGGAAAAGUGUGUGA